AUGUCUACCGGUAAACGUCUGGCUAAACGCUCGAUUCUCGGUAGUCGGGUCUGCGCCCCAACCGAAGAAGGGAUCUAUAUGCCUGGCUUGAUUCAAGCCACCAAAACCGACUGCAGGAACGAGAACAUUUACACUGUGUCUUUUCUACACAACAAAGGAAUGACCGGGGAGUACCGCGGGGAGCAGCUGAUCGGCGCAGGCUUCAAGUCUGUCGUGUCCGGUCCGCUGAAAACGGGACAGAAAGUCUACGUCACCCUGAACGGACGUGAAGUCUGCGGUGUCGUGGAUCAACAUUAUCAACAGCAUGAACAGGUGCUCAUCAGUGUUCAUAGCGGAGGCCAACUUCUGCAACUCGUUAAGCGGUUGGACGAAGUCCGUCUUCUGGAAAGCCGUAAAAGCGCGAGGUUGCAAGACGUUGACGUUGAUUACUCGAGGCUGGCUGAGGGCACUGCCGGCAAGGGCCUCACCGUGGAGAUCACCCCGGCCCAGCUGGGAAUCCCCCGAGAGAACGGGUGGUCACGCAAACGGCGGACCUCGAUGUCGGACAACAGCGAUACCAGAAGCGACACGAUGGACGACUGCAUGGCCGCACUCGUGCUGAUGCGCCUUUCGUGCUCGCCGAAGAGCGCCCGACUUCUGGAAUCGGACUCAGCUGCCUCAUCGCUGACGGCCAGUGCCCCGCUGUCAUCAGCAUCGUCAUCUUUCUCCACAGCGUCCAGCUCAUUGUCGUCCAAUUCGGUGUCGUUCGAAUCCUCGCCAUCGUUCGGACAAUGCUACUUCGAUCUUGAGCUUGCCAGACGCGCCGAGGGACCCAGAACUGAAUACAAAUGCGCACUGUGUGGAGUGCAGUUCGUCACUUGCGAAACUGUCCGAAGACACAUAAGAUUCGCUCAUCUGGAAGAUCUUUCCGAGGAUUUGGGCAAGGAGGAUGAAGAGCAAUACUACACUGAGGUACAGGUAGACUUCGCCGAUGACGACGAGCACCAAGCAAUGUCGUUCAAGGACGACAUAUCCCUUAGCGGAGAAUCGACUGACGACGCAUCGUCGCGCCCGUCCUCUCCUGCUGCACCACAACCACCGCACAACUCGAUCUUCAUGAGCUCUGCGCCUACUCUAAGCCACCUCGACAUGGCGAGACCUUCGCAUGAAGAUCCUGAGCUUCAAAGCGGACUGCGGAAAUGCCCUUCUUCGCCGAUAAACAUUCCUCCGCAUUUCCGAUCGCAGCAGAAGAAGCUCCCCACCAAAAUCCACAUGAGCCCCAAGCACCGUAGCCGUGGGAGGUCUGAGAGUCGCAAGUGCCGCAAGGUCUACGGCAUGGAAAACCGCGAUCAGUGGUGCACUCAAUGCAAAUGGAAGAAGGCUUGCACUCGUUUCCUCGAUUAG